AUGCAAAACCUAAGAAAGAGGAAAGAAGGAGAGCUUGAACUAGCACUGAGUGGCGAUGAUAAAGAAUUCGGAAAUGAGGAAUUUGUGGAUUUCGAAAAAAAUUCCAUAUCUGAGUUCCCUAGCCGUUAUCCUACAGCGCCUUCUUCGUCUUUUUCUCCCCAACUUGGAUGGUCAUCGAAAAAGGCGAAAACGGACAAAACGAAAGCUCCGGCGCCGCUCCAGCCAACACGACUACAUUGGAAGAGAAAAAUAAAUUUUUGA